CCCGUUAGCUUAGCGCUGCGUGCUAGCAGCAGUGGCCGCUCUGCGCUGUUUUCUGCGCUGUUUUCUGCGUCGCGUCUGGAGCCAGUUCACGAACGAGCGGGUCGCGGCGGACGCUCGUGCCUCUUACGGGCACCCGCGGGAGAUGCUAACCCGCUAGCCGACCCCGGAACUGUGCAGUGGAGGGGAGCUAACGGCUGCUAGCCUGCCGUUGGCUACUUAGCGAUAUAACGUGACACACCGAAGCUAGCUGGUCGCAUGUUUUUAUGUUUUAAAAACGGAACCGGCGACAUUGACGAGCGGCUGUUUUGAUGCGAACCCCCACGGGACGCCACCAGCCGGGUUAGCAGUUAGCUAACCAGCGCCUGCUAACCAGCUAGCCAACCCCUGGGUUUGUUUUGGACACGGUGGUUAACGGCGACGGGGCUAACGUUAGCUAGCUAGCAUCGGGCUACUUCCAGAAAUGUGGAAACAACCCUAUUUUUUUUAUGCGUGUCGCGUUUGCUUCCAGAAAGAGCAGCGACGUCACGUGUUUGCGGGAUUAGAAAAGCGUGAAAAACGAACAUGCGUUGAGCAGGAAGCUAAUGUUGUGCACAUGACUUCGGGUUCGGGUUCUGCCCCUCCAUCCUGCUCGUGUUGUUGACCUGCGUCCAUCAGUUGUCCCGGGAGAAGACACCACGUUGACAGACGAGCCCUGAUGUAACAGUGUUGUGACAGUCGUCGCACCCUCUCUACCUCUGGUCCCCGGUGCCUCACUGCAUGACCUCAGACAACAGACAUACCUACGAGGGGAAACUGCCCCUUCCUCCGGACGCCUGACGCUUGCGCUCGGUUGCCACAACCUCAAAACCUUCUCAUCUUUCAACUCAUCCUCGGCAGAAGGAGCGGCAGACAUUUUUCCACACAGGAAUUGAACACCUCCACUUGGGCCAGUGGAGGUGUCGCAGAGCCGUUUUUUCCCUCUUGAAUCUUUAAGAUUAGAUUUUUUUUUUUUUCUCCUGGUUGUUUUGUGUCCGGUUCUGCCGGCCGUGUGACUUUUCAAAACUGGGGCGCGAUUCAUGGGAUGCAACCAUGUCGGAUCUCAGUGAGCGCAGGCCGGUCAACACGGACUACGCUGUCUCCCUGCUGGAGCAGCUCAAGUUCUUUUACGAACAGAAAUUACUGACUGAUGUUGUGCUGCUGGUGGAGGACACGGAGUUCCCGUGUCACAAGAUGGUCCUGGCCACAUGUAGCUCCUAUUUCAGGGCGAUGUUCAUGAGCGGCCUCAGCGAGAGCAAACAGACCCACGUCCACCUGAGGAACGUGGACCCGGCCACCUUACAGAUCAUCAUCACCUACGCCUACACGGGCAACCUGGCCAUCAGCGACAGCACCGUGGAGCCGCUGUACGAGACCGCCUGCUUCCUACAGGUGGAGGACGUCUUGCUGCAAUGCAGAGACUACCUGGUGAAAAAGAUAAAUGCUGAGAACUGCGUCCGCAUGCUGAGCAUCGGCGACCUGUUCAGCUGCAGUGAGCUCAAGCAGUGCGCCAAACGCAUGGUGGAGCACAAGUUCCCCAUGGUGUACCGACAGGAGGCCUUCCUUCAGCUCUCCCACGAGCUGUUGAUAGACGUCUUGAGCAGCGACAACCUCAACGUGGAGAAGGAGGAGACGGUGCGCGAGGCGGCCAUGCUGUGGUUGGAGUACAACAUGGAGGCCCGCUCGCAGCACCUGUCCUCUGUGCUCAGUCAGAUCCGCAUCGACGCCCUGUCAGAGGUGACGCAGCGCGCCUGGUUCCAGGGCCUGCCGCCCAAUGACAAAUCCGUGGUGGUGCAGGGCCUCUACAAGUCCAUGCCCAAGUUCUUCAAGCCUCGGUUAGGCAUGACCAAGGAGGAGAUGCUGAUUUUCAUGGAGGCCAUGUCUGAGACGCAAGUUGAGGGCUACGUGAUGUCGGGGUCCUUGCCUACCACGGUGGUGUGUUACAGUCCGCAGGCGGAGAAAGUGUACAAGCUCAACAACCCCCCAGGAGACCUGCAGAAGGUGGGAACCCUCGUUACACCUGACAACGAUGUGUUCAUCGCUGGAGGUCAGAUCCCUCUCAAAAACUCAAUCACCAACCACGGCAAGAGCGGCAAGUUACAGGCCGUCUUCCGCUCGGUCGAUAGCUUCUUUUGGUUCGAUGCCCAGCAAAAUGCCUGGGUGCCCAAAACCCCCAUGCUGUGCGCCCGAAUCAAGCCCUCGCUGGUCUACUGCGAGGGCUACAUCUAUGCAAUCGGGGGCGAUAACGUCGGAGGGGAGUUGAACAAGCGCACGGUAGAGCGCUACGACUGCGAGAAGGAUGAGUGGAGCAUGAUGAGCCCCCUGCCCUUCGCCUGGAACUGGAGCACCUCUGUGGUGGCGCACGACUGCAUCUACGUGAUGACCCACGACCUGAUGUACUGCUACUUCCCCCGGGCCGACACGUGGGUGGAGAUGGCGAUGCGCAAGACCAGCCGUUGUUUUGCCUCGGCCGCUGCCUUCGGUGACCUCAUUUUCUACAUCGGCGGCCUCCACGUGGUCAGCAACUCUGGCAUCCGCCUGCCAACGAGCACCAUCGACGGCUCGUCCGUCACCGUGGAGAUCUACGAUGUCAACAAGAACGAGUGGCGCCUGGCCGCCAACAUCCCCGCCAAGCGCUACUCGGACCCGUGCGUGCGGGCGGUGGUGCUUCUCAACUCGCUGUGUAUUUUCAUGCGUGAAACCCACAUGAACGAGCGCGCCAAGUACGCCAUCUAUCAGUACGACGUGGAGCUGGACAGCUGGUACCUGCGGCAGCCCGUGUCCGAGCGUGUACUCUGGGAUCUGGGGAAGGACUUCCGCUGCGCAGUGGGGAAGCUGUACCCCUCCUGCCUGGAGGAGUCCCCCUGGAAACCUCCCACGUACCUCUUCUCCCCCGACGGGGCGGAGGAGUUCGAGGUGGACGGGGAGCUGGUGACCCUCCCUCACGUAUAGCUCUUAACCUCCCCUCCCCUGCCUCGCUGACCGAACCAGGAAUCUGUUACGCGGAGGGAUGAACACGAAGGGGGGGCCCAUGAAUUCUCUGAGACACGGAAAGGCUUCGACGUCGUCUGCGUCGCGGACGGUUUCUCGGGAGACGUCGGAGGCUUUGAACGACGGAGCCCAACGCAACAAGCUCGGAGCGAAAAAAGAUGCCCCUGAAAAAUACUAGUAAUCUGAAAAUUUCUUUUCUUAUUUUGUCAUUUGUGACAUCUGUUAGAUAUUAUUACAAGCCUGUCAUACUGUUUCUACAAUGUGAUGAUCUAAAUGUCAACUGAUUUUUGUGAGGAUGAUGAUGAUGAUGCACUUAACUGGUUAAAAAAAAAGAAAACUUUCUCGGAAUGACAAUGGCAACUGUACCAAAAUCUCCCAGCCCCUCCCUCCCCCCCCGCUCUCCGACCGUAGGCUUCCCUCUCUUCUCCUCUUCGUCUUCUCUUCUCCUCUUCGUCUUCUCCUCUUCUCGCACCACUGAUAAAGUGAUACUCCGCAAAACAUCUAUAUUUAAAUGAUCCAACUCACACUCGCUGUCGUCUUAAAAGUUCGGCUCUGAAAAGUUAGUAGCUCGCUUCGUGGUGGAGGUGAACAGCUCGAAUUCACUUUCACCAACAUCUCGUCGACUUUCAUGGAGAAAGUUUGCUCGGUUUUAUUCCACUGACCCAAAACCUGAUGCCUCUGAAGCUAAAGGACCUUGUGAAUUUCAUGUUCACUCCCUGAUUCAGGUCGAUAACGAACAGGAAGUGGAUGUAAGAAUGUUCUGAUGAAUUCUGAGCGGGGCGGCGUCCGUCCACGUUGUUCUUCUGAUGAAUUAAUAAAAUGGCAGAAUAGUGUAAAGUCGUUGCAGCCCGAACUAAAACCUUUUUAAGUCCGUAAGGGAAUUUACGACGCUGAUGAUUUUUAAAACUAAAUGUGGUGAAAAAAUCGAUUAAUUGAUUAAUAAUGAAAUUGGCUGUUGCCUCAGAAAUUGUAAAAACAUUUCCAUCGUAUCUUCUCAGAGCUCCGAAGCGACGUCUCCAGAACUGGAACAGACAUUUGAGAAGCUGGAGAAUAUAAAAACUAUAAUAACGAUGGUAUUACAUCAGAUACUGUUUUUAUAACUGACUCAAUUUCAAGUCCCAUUUGAAUCAAAUCACGACUUAGUGAAAAGGUAAAUGAAGUAAAUAAUACAUUUCUUAUUCUGCAGAUGGUUUCUUGCACGAAUAAUCGAUUUUAUUGUUUGUUUUCAUGAUUCAUUUUCUCAAUUUAAACGUCUCUUGUUUCCAAACUGCACCAAAGAGUAAGAGACGAACUUUUCAGAGCCGCCUUCUAAAGCCCCGCAGCUUCACAGACGUAGAUCUUUGCUCGGAGUGUUCGUCACCGACAGGAUCCGUGGUUUCCUCUCGCGUCGCAGACACCAGGGGCCGGGCCGUGGUUCCCCUGGGGGGGGGGGACGGGGGGGAAACAAGUGAGCGGCGGAGAGUGCGUUCAAAAGAGGGCGACUGCAGGUCCGGUCGCCCAUCACCUCUCCUCCCUCACCGCUCGGCCCCCAACACCCACCCCCUGUCUGUCAGUGUGCACACAGGUCUUCCACACAGCCGGCAUUGACACCUCACUCUGUCCGUCGUCACGCGAUCACGAUACUUGUGUUUUUCUUUCCACACGGGUUCCCUGCAGACACACGACUCCACUCAGUACAAACGUAGGUUUCAGGCUCAUGCAUAUUUCUUUUUUUUUUUUUAUUCCCAAGCUGCUGAAAUAUAUAUAUAUAAUGAAAUAUAUAUUUUUCAUAUGUUUAAAAGACAAACUGUUUUAGUGUGGGGGAAAAUAACCAGGUCUAUUUUGUAUUAGUGUCUUUUUUUAAUUUAAUAUCAGACAUUACUGUAGUGUGAUUGUGGGUAGACAUCCAUUUUCCUAUCGGAUUUAAUUUUUUUUCUGAGUGAAUUCUUGCUGCUGAUUGGUUGUGAGAGGAGAGGGCUGGCCCAGGGCUGUUGCUACGGGAAUCGUCCCAGCAACCACUAGCAGUAGUGGAGGGGGGGUGUGGCGGGCUACCUUUAAAAACAUGAGCACAGGUGCUUCAUGACAAACCCUUACUAGCAUGUCUGGCUGCAUCAUAUUCCCAUGGCACUGUAUUUUGAAUGAACGUUAAUUUAUUAAAAAACAUACCAAAAACGUUCCUGAAA